AUGCACAAAACAUAUUCCUUAAGAAACCAAAGAACUCCAACUGCUCAGCAGAUUCAACAACCACCACCUCCUCCUUCUUCAACAAAAUCAAGAUUUUUCGGUAAAUCUUCCCUAGCUUCUUCAUUUCGUAAGAGUACAGCUGGUAGCUUCGGUCCUGAACUAUCAAGAAAAUUAUCUCAAUUGGUUAAAACUGAAAAAGGCGUCUUGAGAGCAAUGGAAGUGGUGGCUAAUGAAAGACGUGCCGCUGCAAGACAAUUGUCCCUAUGGGGUUCAGAAAAUGAUGAUGAUGUAUCCGAUGUCACCGAUAAAUUAGGUGUCUUGAUGUACGAAUUGGGUGAAUUACAAGAUCAAUUUAUUGAUAAAUAUGAUCAAUAUCGUGUCACUUUAAAAUCAAUUAGAAAUAUUGAAGCUUCUGUACAACCUUCAAGAGAUAGAAAAGACAAAAUUACCGAUGAAAUUGCACAUUUGAAAUAUAAAGAUCCAGGCUCCACUAAGAUCCCUGUAUUGGAACAAGAAUUGGUUAGAACUGAAGCUGAAUCUUUAGUCGCUGAAGCUCAAUUGUCUAAUAUUACAAGAGAAAAAUUAAAAGCUAGUUUCAACUAUCAAUUCGAUGCCGUUAGAGAAUUGGCUGAAAAAUUCGCUUUAAUUGCAGGCUACGGUAAGGCGCUAUUAGAACUAUUAGACGAUGCUCCAGUUACCCCAGGUGAAGCAAGACCAGCUUAUGACGGUUAUGACGCUUCCAGACAAAUUAUCAUGGAUGCCGAAGCUGCUUUAGAAGCUUGGACUCUUGAUAUUGCGGUUGUUAAACCAACUCUUUCCUUCCAUCAAACGGUAGAUGACGUCUACGAGGAAGUGGAUGAUCAAGAAGAGGAUGAAGGUCAAGAACAAGGUAUUGUCGAAGAUGAUUACGCCGAAGAAGGAUUAAGACAACCAGCUAAUACUAACGAAGAAGACUACAGUUGA